UACCUAUUAAUACUUUGCCUCUACUCUAUUUAAUAAGAUGGGGAAUUAAUAGGGGUAUCAUACAGAAAUGCUAACAAGCAUGGCCCUGCCAAGUGCAUUUAACACCACAGUACACUAGCCGCUCAGCAAAAUGGAGCAACAACAGAGCGAGCACUAGGGUAACCAAUUGAAUUGCAAAAUGAGCAUCACAUGAUAAGGUGUGAUCGCCGCCAGGCAGCAAUUAGAAGGCCAAAGGAUGCGUCACGUGAGGAGGUGUUUCAAGAUGGCGGACUGUGAUGCCGGGUUCAGGCUGCACCCCCAGUUCCCGCGUUGUUCGGUGUAGGCGAGGAGUAGUUUCCCUGCUGGGCGGGAGAGCUAUUGAUGAGCGAUAGCGCCUCCCUCUGCCUCAGAGCCCGGCGACUUAGCGGAACGGGUUGCGCGUGCCCGCGCACUGUCGGUUCCAUUCAGAACGAGGGUAGUCGGGGGCGCGCACGUACCCCACCCAGAGCCGCUCCCGCGCACGCACCGCAAGGACCGCUCCCCCGUCCCAGGGCCGCCGAUGAAGCAGGAGUGAGCAGGGCGAGUGUGUAAGAUGGCGGACUUCCUGCCGUCCCGCUCCGUGCUGUCCGUGUGCUUCCCUAAUUGUGCGCUCAACAACCGGGAGGCCGAGCAGCAGCGCAAGUCUAAGGAGAUCGAUCGCUGUCUGUCCCGGGAGAAAACCUAUGUCAAGCGCCUGGUGAAGAUCCUACUGCUUGGGGCCGGGGAGAGCGGCAAAUCCACUUUCCUCAAGCAGAUGCGCAUUAUCCACGGGCAGGACUUCGAUCUGCGGGCCAAGGAGGAGUUCCGGGCUACCAUUUACAGCAACGUCAUCAAAGGUAUCAGAGUACUGGUGGAUGCACGAGAGAAACUGCACAUUCCAUGGGGCGAUCCAGCCAAUCAGAAGCAUGGAGAGGUGAUGAUGGCUUUCGAUACAAGGUCGGCCAUGGUGGCCCAGGGUAUGGUGGAAACUCAAGUAUUCGUGUCACACCUGAUAUCGAUUAGGGCAUUGUGGGCAGACAGUGGCAUACAGACGGCUUAUGACCGGCGCAGGGAAUUUCAAUUGGGGGAAUCUGUGAAGUAUUUCUUGGAUGAUCUGGACAAACUCGGUGACAAGGACUAUCUUCCAACCCAGCAAGACAUCCUUCUAGCCCGACGGCCCACCAAAGGAAUCCAUGAAUAUGACUUCGAGAUCAAAAAUGUCCCCUUCAAGAUGGUAGAUGUGGGAGGUCAGAGGUCAGAGCGUAAGCGGUGGUUUGAGUGUUUCGACAGCGUGACCUCCAUCCUCUUUCUGGUGUCCUCAAGUGAAUACGACCAAGUCCUGAUGGAAGACAGGCAGACAAACCGUCUCACUGAGUCUCUGAACAUCUUCGAAACAAUAGUCAACAACCGUGUUUUCAGCAACGUCUCCAUCAUCCUAUUCCUAAACAAGACGGACUUGCUGGAGGACAAAGUAAGAAUAGUGAGCAUUAAGGACUACUUUGCAGAUUUCGAAGGAGAGCCCCACUGCCUCGAAGAUGUGCAAAAGUUCUUGGUAAAUUGUUUCCGAAACAAGCGGCGGGAUCAGCAGCAGAAACCUCUCUACCAUCACUUCACCACCGCCAUAAACACGGAGAACAUUCGCCUGGUUUUCCGUGAUGUUAAAGAUACCAUUCUUCACGACAACCUCAAACAGUUAAUGUUGCAGUAAUGACUUUUAUUGGGUUUUUAUUUGCCAUUUUAUAGGCUUUGUUUCCCCUUUUUAAGUUUACAUCGUGAGAGGCAAAAUGAGUUUUAUUUUUUGGAUUGAGUCAUCUUGGCUUCUAUUGGACGUCUGGCUGAACUCUCACCUUCUACAUAGUAUUGCCUUAUUUUGCAAAAAAGAAGCCUCACUCUUAAGUUGGAAGCAACAGACUUAAGCGCAGGUCCUACUGGCUUAGGCAUUGUGGCUUAGUCGCAGGAAAUACAUUCACUUCCAUAAGUGAUUUUACUUCUCGUUAUAUUGCUAUGAUGCUUCUGUCACAGGCAUGAGUACCACAGCUGUCGUUCAACUCCCAGACCCCACCAACAGCUGAAUGGUAAACAUGCGGGGAGUUGCCACAGGUUACCCUUCCCUGUUAAAGGGGAACUAUCGUGAAAAUUAAAUUUUAAAAUUUAAUUUAAGCUUCCUCAUACUGAAGUAAGAAACUUUCUAAAAAUUCUGCAUUUCUGAAUUAAGGAUCAUUCAUCUGACACCCAAUUCCUGAAUGAAGACAGAAAGAAAAAAAACAGAUGCUGAGAGAGGAAAAGUGAAGAUAAACUUGAUUAUUUCAGAAACACAGUGUAGAAUUUGUAAUCGAUUGUAUUUAGAAAGUUUCUUAUUCAUUAUGACGAAGCUAAUAUUACAUUUUCAUUUUUGCGUUUGUUCCCCUUUAAGCUUCUUAUAAUUGCUGUUAUAGCUGUGCCUUUGACCAGAGAUCAGCACAAAGAUAUGUUGUUAAACAAGGUUGUUUUCUCUUUAAGAAAGGGGGGCCUUAUUAAGUUGGAAAUUUAAGUUUUUACAAUAGAUAUUUUUUUUACGCGAGUAUUCGCAGGCAGCGUGCCGAUUGGCUCAGUUUCUUUUAAAAGAAAACAAAACAUGACUUUGAGAUUUUGCCUUUUGCAUUCAAGGCGCCCGUGGAGUAGAAGCCAAUGAAUGGCGUAACACAUUCAUAUUUUAGUCGUGCACUUUUAAUUGAGUUACAAAUGGAUUCUUUCUAUUAUUGCAGAAUUAGAAUUCUUUGUUUAAGGUAAUUGAAUAGUUUCUCCUAAUAAGAAGAGAAUCCAGACGUAGUGCCAGGUUAGGUAAGCAGCCAUUCUACUUUAGAGACACUGUCUGCAUAGGAGGGACUUUUUUUUUUUAUAAGGCAUUUUUAUUUGAAGCUUCUAUGCUUUAUGUUUUAGAAUAAAAAAGAAAACUGGUUCUUAUUUGGGCUACUGACCGCACCCUCCAGCUCCUUUGGUGGAAGUUCCUUUUUAAAAGCUGGUGCCGUGAUUGGGCUGUGGGAAAGUCUUGCACCAAGGCCUCCAUUUAUAUGGUUGUGUUAUUCGUUGAAAUCGUUGGAUAAAACUGGUGUGCACAUUUAUGUGAGCAGCAGCUGUUUGCAGGUAAAGAUUUGAUUCAAUCUCCUCACCGUUAUGACUUAAACAGCUCUUAGCCUCUUGCAUCAUCUCCUUUAAAGGAGAAUUCAACCCGUAAUAAAAAAAAACCUCCCCCCUACCCUGGGUAGACCCCCCCCCCCCCCGGGCAAAUGCCCCUAAUUUUUUACUCACCCCUCCAUGCAGAUUCUGGCCUCGGAGUUCACUGCAGCCAUCUUCUUAUUCUCUGGUAAUCUUCUUCUCUUGAUGCUAUUUUCGGUGCAGGUGUAGUUGGAGUAAAUUUCUGAUCCCAAACAACUGCGCAUGCGCCAAAAAUUUAGGAAAUUUCAUGACUUUCAGGACGUGCAGUGGUUCGGGACCGGAAAUUUGCUCUAACUGCGUAUGCGCCCGAAAAAGACAGAGGAAAGAAGAUGGCACCCGUGAACGCCGAGGCCAGAAUCUGCACAGAGGGCUGAGUAAAAAAAAUUAGGGGGGGGGCAGGUAGGCUGGGGGGAGGAGAGAGGGGAUUUUUUUUAUUACAGUUUUAAUUCUCCUAUAAGCUUGUGUGUGCAUAGAGUGGAAUGGGAGCUGCCAACACAUUCACCCUGGAAUAGUGGGGAACCAGGAAAGGGAGUGGGAGCAGAGUUGGCUUAUGAGUGAAUCUCACCAACCAAGUACCAAUAAUAGCUGAAAAUGAAGUUUGGCACGAUUAUCUGUGUGUUUUUGGAGGCCUACCAAUCCCAACCAAUAUUCAUGUUCUAUGGAUGACUGUGAAGAUUUUCAUUCAUCCAGGUCAUGGUACAUCUAGUAUAAGUAAUUCUAACACAACUGCACUUGCUGAGUAAUCAUUGAAGACUUUCAAUACUCAUCCGAGCAGCUUCUUGAAUGAGCAGUGAAACGUCUUCAAUGAUUACUCGACAAGUGCAGUUGUUUUAGAAUUACUUAUACUAGAUCUGUUUUAUGGAUAUUUGUCAGUUUGGAAAUUGGGCAGCUAUGAGCCUUUCAUCUGCUUGAUUGUCAAUUUCCCUCCGUUCCGUACUGAUUAUUAGUGAGCUAGAUUCAACUGAAUUUCACCUAAUAGCCAAAGAAUCCAUUGAGAUUUUAAUGUCAAUUUAAAGGGACACACUAGCCAUGUUUUGAGUACGGUUUCCCUUCGUUUUAUUUUCCCCAAGGCUACACAAGCUGCUUUUAUUUUUGACACUGAAGUGCUUAGAAAUUCCACUGACGUUUCGCCUUUGAAAUUGUGUAGUUUCUAUGAGUUUAGGGAAAGCUACAACCCGUAGUCAUUUUCUAUUCUCUUCUGUACAGACUUCAAGUGUGAUCCCAGCUACAAACCGUCCAGGCAUUGCAGUAUAAGUACAUAGCUUCCUGAUAGCAUUGAGUGGAUUUGCUAAAUUGUCUGCUUAAACUGCCACUGCCACAAUUACAACAGGACCUGAAUUGUCCUACUAGCACUGUGUCACUAGAGCUAAACAAUAUGGCGGCUCUUGUGCUAACAUGCUGAUCCGCUAUGGUCUCAUACUGAGCAGUCUUAGGGAAAAUAAACUGAAGGUAAGACAUUGCUAUGCUUUACUUGACCUUUGUUCCUAACACUAGUAAGCUUAGACGGUCCCAGCAUAUUUGGAGAGGCUGCACCCAGUUAAAGGGGUGGUUUACCUUUAAAUUAACUUAUAUUAUAUUCUAGAAUGCCUAAUUCUAAGCAAUUUUUCAAUUGGACUUAUCUUCGUUAGAGUUUUUGAGUUAAUUGCCUUUUUCUUCUGAAUCUUUCCAGCUUUCAAAUAGGGGUCACGGACCCCCAUCUAAAAAACAAAUGCUCUAUAAGGCUACAAAUUUGUUAUUGCUACUUUUUGUUACUCAUCUUUUUAUUCAGGACCUCUUCUAUUCAUAUUUCCGUCUCUCGUUCAAUUCCUGGUUGCUAGGGUAAUUUGGAUCCUAGCAACCAGAUUCCUGAAAUUACAAACUGGAGAGCUGCUGAAUAAUAAAACUAAAUAACUCAAAUGCCACAAAUAAUUAAAAAUUAAAACCAAUUGCAAAUUGUCUCAGAAUACUACGCUGUACUUCAUACUUAAAGUUAAUUUAAAGGCGAACAACCCAUUUAAAGACAAUCACAGUUACAUUACCAAUUGACCAGUGAAGUUUUUAUUUUUUGUGGUUGUUGGCAAAGUUAAACAGCAUUGUAAGAAAGGUAAAACUGAUUUACUGAUUCAGGGAUAAAAACACACAUUCUUAGAAGCAAUGUUACUUUGUCCAUUCUGCCAGCCGCUCCUGGGGUCCUCUUGCAGAGCAACAGUAAGUCACAGCAGAAUGUGAUUGUAAGAGGCACCAUGCUUGGAACAAUUGACAUAUAAGCAGCUUGUGCCCAGCUCUGGUUUCUAUUAAAACAAACGUAUUAUUUCCUGUCAGUAACUUGUAAUAGAAUCAUUUAUGUUUCAUAGCCGUAUUCCUUCUACAAACUACUGGAAGGCCAGAUAUUCACUCCAAUUGUUAUGUUUUGGCACAGACUGGGUUAAUCCAGCCAUCCCUUUCAAAGGGUUAGAUCACCCCUUUCUAGUGCUAUAGCAGGGCUAACUUUUCAGUUGGUCUUUUUUUUUUUUAUAUCGUUUUUGGAUUAUUUGCCUUGCUUUUCUGCCUCAUUCUAGUUUUCAAAUGGGGUUUUUGACCCCAGCAGCAAAAAAAAAAAAAAACAUUAUUAUUUUCUUUUGCUUCUCUGUCUGUUCAGGCCUUUCCACAUUUCAGUGUCUUGUCCAAACCACAGCCUGGUUGCUAAGGUAAUUGGACCCUAGCAACAAGAUAACGACUGAAAUUCCAAACUGGAGAGCUGCUGAGCAAAAAAAGAUAAAUAAAUCUAAAACCUCAAAUAAUAGGAAAAGUUCUGUUGCAGAAUAAGUAAGAAUAUCACUCUUUACAGGAUAUUAAAAAAGGUGAAUUUUUCUCACUGUAUAUAGUAUGUUUUAUAGACAAAUGUGAAAUCUUUAAAGAUAAAAAAAAAAAUGCACAUCACAGAUGUUGGGUCCAACA